AGGUGGACAGACAGCCAUAUGGAGCUGGGUGGCACAAAAAACAGCAUCCCUGCUUCAUUGGCCAUGUUUAUUCAUCUCCAAGACAAAACAAACCAUUUUGCUUAGAAAACACCUUUACUGAAUUGUUUUUAUACUCUGUAUUAGCUGUGACUAGGCACUACUUUUUCCUCAGCUAUGGAUGAUCCUGACAUACGGCAACAGAAGCUAGACAACCAGCGAGCUCUUUUGAUGAAAAAGCAGCAAAAGAAGCGGGCAGACACUCAGAUGGUGGUGGCCAAUAGAGAUGCUCGGCAAAAGAAUCGAAAGCACAAAACUGUCAAUUCAGAAGAAAUGCCUCUAUUGAUCUCUCAGUCCUUGAGCAGCACAUCUCUGACUGAUCAAAUAGAACAUGCCCAUGACAACCCUCUGGAUGAGAUCACACUGGGUGAGGGUGAUAUGACACCAAGCCUGAUCUCAGAUGAAAUGCCUCCAGAGAAGCCUAUUACUCCAAAAACAAUGAACUUAGAGGUCGACCAAGAGCCUGAGGUGAAUGGUGAAGGAGAGAAUGUAACCCUUGAGGAGGAAAAGAAGACAAAAAAGAAAGAUGUGAAAAAAGAAAAACCAAAACGGCUGGAACAGACUGAGGAAGAGCUUGAAAUUGACAGAGAAAUGGAGAAGAGGGACAAAAAAAUCAAGAAAAAGGACAAAGUCAAAGAAUCUGUAGACGCACAGAAGAAGACCAAACAAGAACGUAAAAAGAAGCAUUUGCAAGAUGAGGUAAAACCAGAGAACAAGAAUGCAACACUAAAGAAUGAACACAACGAAAGCGACAAAGAAGAAGAAGAAGAAGAUCCUGAGAAGUCAGAUCCUCCUUCACCCAUGAAGAAAAAAAGCCUGGAUACAUCUAGGUGUCAAAUAAGUGAUGAGAGUAAAGAGGAGGAAAUCCAAGAAGAAUCCAAGCAGAGGAGGGAAAAAAAGACAAAAAAAGCUCCAGCUAAUCUGGCAUCAUACAACUCCAACUCCAGGGAAACGUCAUCCUCAGGCAGUGAACAUAAUGAAAGAGUAACUUCUCCGAUGUCUGUGGAGGACCUUGAGAAGUUUGCCCUCCGCCCCGCUCCAAGAGACGUUACAAUCCAGUGCAGGGUCACCAGAGACAGAAGAGGCGUGGAAAAAGGACUCUACCCAACUUAUUACCUCCACAUGGAGAAAGAGGACGGCAAGAGGGUGUUUCUGAUGGCAGGCAGAAAAAGAAAAAAGUGCAAAACGUCAAACUAUCUUAUUUCCACCGACCCGACAAAUCUAUCCAGGGAUACCAACUGCUACAUUGGAAAACUAAGGUCCAAUGUUCUGGGCACAAAGUUUACAGUCUACGAUGGAGGUGAAAACCCAGAGAAAAAACCCUUCAUUAAAGAGUGUGAGUCAGUGCGGCAAGAACUGGCAGCUAUUUGCUAUGAGACAAACGUUUUGGGUUUCAAGGGUCCAAGGAAAAUGACUGUGAUCAUCCCCGGUAUGCUGGAGAACGAUGAAAGAGUCUCCAUUCGGCCCAAAAAUGAGCUUGAGACUCUACUGGUCCGCCAUGCCAAUGGAAACACUGACCAACUGGUCACUCUGAUAAACAAAUCCCCAAGCUGGAAUGAGCAGACGCAGUCCUAUGUGCUGAACUUCCACGGACGCGUAACGCAGGCCUCUGUGAAAAAUUUCCAGAUCAUCCAUCCAGACAACGAUGAUUACAUUGUGAUGCAGUUUGGCCGUGUGGCAGAGGAUGUUUUCUCCAUGGAUUACAGCUUUCCCAUGUGUGCCGUUCAAGCCUUUGCCAUCACACUCUCGUCCUUUGAUGGCAAACUGGCCUGUGAGUGACCUUGUCCAAGGUGCUUCUCUGGAAGUAUAAACCACACCAAAAUUUGCUUGUUGAAACUGAAGCUGCAACCAUUAUUUAACACUGGAUUAUGUUUAAGGAUGUCUAUUAUACAUGCAACCUUCAUCUCAUUUUUUUAAGCCCUGUAAUUGUUUUUUUUUUCCUUACAUUUUUUCUUAUUUCAAUUGAAAUAUGAUACAGU